GUUGGGAACAUGGCGGAGUCAGGGAGUGUGGAGGUGAGGUGUACAGUGCUUUCUGCAGCUCACUGGUAAUGUGAAGCCCUCGGAGAAUUCCUUACUCACUUAUCCGCUCUCAGUCCCUGGGGCUAAACUCUGCCGCUGAUGGGCGCCGGGGUGUAGCUGAAGUUGGAAGGAAGAGGAAAUAUGAGCCGGGACAGCGCAACAGGAUUUCAGAAAUCUCUUCUGUGCUUGCCUGAGGAUCGAGUCCUAUAUUCUGGUGUUGCCAUUAUCCCAGGCAGUUUUGAUCAUCAGGGAUGUCCAAUUGUUAUAUUCCCCAGGGCACAGCAUAGCAAGCUAAUGUCGGAUCUAAAGCACAGUGAUGUUGUUGAACUUCUCAAAUAUUUUCUGCAUCAUCUUCGUGAAUCACAAACCACAAAUUGUCUAGUGUCUGUCGUAACUGAUCUCCGAUGUGCCAAAUUAGAUGUUGUUUCCAUCAUUGUAAACAGUUUGCUGGAAAUCCAGCACCAAAUUGGAAGAAUAUUCAACACUUUGUACGCUCUCCAGCCACAGACAAAGGGAAUUAGAAAAUGCAUUUUGAAGUCACUAGGCCUAAGCCACAGGAAGCUGCUUUCAGAGCCACCAUUCAAGUGUGUGCUCAUGAAUGAAGUCUUUGAGUUGUACAACUACAUUGAUAGAAGUCAGUUGACCUCUGACCUGGGAGGAUAUUUGAUUUAUCAGCAUGAAGCAUGGGUCCACUUCAGGAAGGAGAUUGACAGCUUCACGCAUGAAUAUUAUACCUUGAUCCAGAGAUUUCCUAGCUGUCUCGCUGGUCUCCAGGAGCUGUCUUUUCAGCCAUUGCCCGCAGAAGCAGAAGAAUUAGAACAAUUCUCCUACCAAGUCAUGGAGCUACACGCAGCAUGGAAGAGGGAUCUGGGAAUCGAUGUUCUGUUGAGAAGUUGUGAGGGGAUCUUGGAGAAGCUCAGGGAUCCGAAAUCUGACCCCUACUUUUUGGCCAUGGCUGGGACUGCCCAGUUUUGGCACACAUUUGAUGACCUCCGUGAAAAGAAUGAAAGGAUAAGAGCAGCUGUGGAGAAAGUGGAGUUACUGUGGCAACAGGCUCUUGCCAGGGCUCAGCUUUUCCAGAAGGACCUUCAGUGUAGGGAAGAGGCUGAGCAGAUUAUUGAUUUGAUCACCAAUGAAGGAAUGGGAAAGAUCCAAUCGUACAAAUUAGAAAUUGCAAGUAAUUUGAGCCAAGCAGAGAUUCUAAAACUGGAUUAUGAUGUUGCCAUUUAUAACCCUGCAAUGAAGCUGAUUGCCGACUCUGAGAGAGUGUUGCAGGAUUUGGAUGAAAUAACCAAAGAAAAACGUGGAGGAAAAGAGGAGGAUUGUAAAGAGGAACUGAGCAAACUAAAAGAUAUGUUCCACAUAGCUGUAGAACUGCCCCACCAAACCUUAAAAGCAGUUUAUGAUUUCUACUACAUUUUUGAAAAAGUUGCUGGCUGGUAUCAUUUACUGCUGCAAGAGAUACUUUUUAAGGAUGCAGUUGAUACUCAUGAUGCACAAUUGUUAGGCUUUCUUCAUGAGGCAAUGAUCUGCCUCAAACCAAGCUGGCAGAACCAGGUUAAUCACUUCCUGAAAACAGCUCCAGUUCCAGCCAUUGAAGAAUUGGUUCAACUCAGGGAUUUGGCUGAUUACAUUCCAGAUGCGCUGCCGAGGAGAAGAGGAAAACUGCUAUCCCAUCAGUGCUUCGUUGUAAUAAAGUUAUUGACUUCUCUGGGGAAAGUAUUCCUGAUUGACUUGGAACAAGCGAUUCACUGGCAAGAAAUGUACUUAGAGAGACUGCAAAAUGCAAUGCUUUAUCCUGCUAAUUCAUCUGUUGACACCAAGAUCAGUGCAAGUGCUGAUAAGGCUCUGAAAACUGUCAGUGAUGCACAUGUUAUUGAGGAACAAUUCAUUGAAAGCAAAUUGCAGGAGGCAAAACAAGAAAAUAGCUCUGAACUAUGUGCAUCCACAGUAGAAAAGCACUCUCCCACAAGUGAGAAAACAGAACAGAGUAGGGGUAAUCUUGACUGUGACCAGCUGCAACUAACAUCUUUUCUAUCCACUCAUCAAUCUGUUGUUGUUCAAACUGACCAAAAAGGCAGAGCAUUAACCAAAAAAAAACCAUCGUUAAGUGCUUUUGACCCUGGAAUUGAUGGUGCUGGGAAUUGCAAUUUAGAGACUGGAAAUGUAAAAUUCAAGUCUGAAGUACCCAAUAGGGACUGCCGGGUAAAAGGAAUCUCUGAACUAUCACUUAAAACUGUAGCAGCAAAACAAAAUGAAGUGGAUAAAGUUUGUACAAAUGAGUCUGAUGAUUGGCUGAGUUUUGAGCAAUUUGGGUUUGCUGAUCUCACAUCCAUAUCAUGUGAACCCCUUUUGAAUUCUAACACAAAGACUUUAAAUUUUGAGAUAAAAGUGAGCCGUUCAGCUAGUUUGCCUAAGAAUCCUUGGAUUGGCUUGCCUAUUGAGAAUCUUGAAAAGUCUUAUGUGGUCACAAUCACCCCCAAACAACCAACUUUGGAAACGUGCCUCAGAUAUAAAAAAGCUGGAAGCUGUAACACGGUGCGUACAAUUGAAGAAAAGAUCGGGGACCAGCUUACUGUUACAGUUCCAGGAGAGAACAGCUUUGGGGCAAUGGCAGUCCAGGCGAAAUCUCCAGAAAAGGAACAAUUUUUAAUUUUUGAGGACUUUGAUCUGCAGCCUGUUGAAAUAAUUGAAUGCGCACAGAUCGGCGAGGACCAGUGUUUGAAUUCUACCACGCAGAUUGAUGAAGACCUUAAAAGGGAGAUCCCAGCAACUUUUUGUGAUAAUUAUGAACUUUGUAGACCCAAACGAUUUCUGGAGGAGAGUAAAAAUGAAAGAGAUCAUGCUGCAUUAACUGAAUCAAAGCUGUGUGACAGGGACAUGAUGGAACAGGAGAAGCUGCAGGAUGAUAUUGAAAAGCUUCUGCUGAGGACAGCAAAGAUUUUAGAGGAAGAAGAAGAUGUGCUUAGACAAGAAGAAGAGCUGGAGCUUCUUUUGCAGUUGGAAGAGAGCAAGUGCUACAGAGUUAAUGAAGUGAACAGCAUAGGCUCGGACUUGCACAAUGAGAAGGUCACCAUGUCCCUCAGUGAGCUUGCAGAAGCUGGAGUGAUUGGAUUGGAAGACUGUGAAUGGUCUGAAAGGGAACAGCAGGAAUGUCACUGUAGUUGCACCCAUUCACAGUUGGCUUGUGAUAUUGAGAGCGUGCAACAGGAAAGAAGCUUCAAGUCUGACUGUGGUUUUCAUAAUAUAGACUGUUACACGACUGUUGUUACUCUAGGGACAAAUUGGAGCGUACACAAUAAUCACAGGUUAUUGCAAGAAUUGAAAGAACUAAAUCAAAUUGAGGACAGAAUUCUGGAAGAGAACUUGAAGAUAAGAGAGCUACGUUCCUCUGAGGAAGAGCAGAAUGGUCCGGUACAAGUCUUGGGCAAGUCAAAGCUCAGCAAAGAUAGAACAAAGUUUUUGGCUGAGCUGGAGAAGGAAAGAAAGGAGGUUGAGAAAAUGGAGCAAAGUCUUGCUCGAGAAGGAAAAAUGAAGCACAGGACUGUGAAGAAAUUGCCACAAAUAUCUUCAAAGACGGGAUGUAGUAAUCCAAAGAGCAGAACUGUAAAAUCAUCUGCAAGAGUUUUGAGUUCUCAUUCAAAAUGUAGCCAAAGAGCUGAAGCAAAAAAACAAUCUGGGUUCUCAGAUGCAGAUUUCAAAUCCAGUGAACUAAUGUCCCCUGCAAGUAUCAUUGAUUCAGGCUCCAGUCAGGAUCGAUCUUUCAACAAGUGUAUCCCAGACAAAACUCCUUCACAAUUAAAGGAGGUAUGUAGCUCAAAGAAAAAAGCCACCAAAAAAGUACAUUCCAUUAAAGAUCAAGAUCAUGUGUUUGGUCAGGUUAUGAAUACUCCUAUUGCUGUGAAUGAAGAAAAUGACCCAACGGACUCAAAAGAUGACCAAGCAUUCAUUACUCAUCCAGAUGAUGAAAUUCCUGUACAGAUUUUUUACUCUUCCAACAAGGAAACAAUCGAAGAUAAUAAAAUUUUUACCUCUGGCUAUCAAAGCCAAGGAGAACUGGCUGUGCAAACCAAAGAAAAGCCAAUACCAGUACUUUGUGCUAAUGUACCUGUAAAAGUGGAAAAGGUUCUGACCUCUGAAUGCUCUGACCACUCCUGCAGUGAAUCUCUUGGAGAUGUUGCAACAAAAGAUGUAAGGAAGGAGCAGCUGAGAAUUCCAGUGCCCCAAAACGGUGUCAAAACCAAAACUUACCAAACAGAAUUUUUGGAAAAUCCUAAUGCUGUGAGGAAACCUAGUGAACAGCAAGAGUUCUUCGAGUCUUUAGAGAACUAUCCAGUGACACAAGAAUCCAUGACUGCCGGUGCAUUACUUGAAGCAAAUGCACGGAUAGGGAACAUGAAUAAAUCAGAAGAUGUCAAAAAGGACCAUGUCAGCGAAAUCCCUUUUAACUUGUCAGAAAUCUCAACAAACGUGCAUAACAGUCAAGUCAAUUAUGAGAAAGAUGGUUCUAUCACUGAACCAAGCUCUUUAGUAAACUCUGAGAAUGGAGAAAUGUGUCUUGAGCAAAAAGGUUCCAAACUGGUUGUAAAGUCAGAUCCAUCUGUUGAAAGUAAAUGUGAUGCACAAGACACUCUCUUAUUUAAUGAAGCGAUAGUGGAAACUAGUAUAAUUAAUAGCAGCAAUGUAGGAUCAAGAGAGUAUUACACAGUUGAGAUGUUGCAAGCUGAUGAAUCCAGAAAUACUGAGAUACAGAAGGAUUCUUUACAUAUCAUUGACAUUACAAACCAGAUACAGGAUUCUUCAAAUCGAGACUUGGAUGCGAUAUUUGAAGAUUGUAAUACAAAGCUGUCAGUGGAUUGUAACCCACCAAUUGAUGCACAUGUUUUUCAAGUAUCUGUUAUGAAGGUUCGUGAUUAUAACAUACCAGUUGUAUUGGAUACAGGAUCUGGUCUGAUGAAAGCUGGCUUUGCAAAUCAGGAUCUACCAACUACUAUAUUUCCAACAGUAAUUGGGCGACCUAAAUAUGAGAGAGUUUGUAAUGGGAGGAAUCAAAAAGAUGUUUACAUUGGGCACGAUGCUCAACAUAUGCGAGGUGUUCUUUCCUUGCACUACCCGCUGGAACAUGGCAUUGUGACAAACUGGGAUGAAAUAGAAAAGAUCUGGCAUCACACAUUUUAUCACCAACUCCGCAUUGAACCAGAAGAUCACCCAAUUUUCCUGACCGAAGCAGCCAUGAACCCACACCGGAACAGAGAGCGAAUGGUUGAGAUCAUGUUUGAAGUUUUUAAUGUGCCUUUCUCUUAUGUGGCAAUGCAAGCUGUCUUAGCACUUUAUUCUUCUGGGAGAACAACAGGUAUAACCUUGGACUCUGGAGAUGGGGUCACACACACUGUACCAGUCUAUGAAGGGUAUAGUCUGCCUCAUGCCAUACAACGUCUAAAUUUGGCUGGUCGAGAUCUCACAGAAUAUCUUGGAAAGCUCUUGAAAGAAAGGGGUUAUUCAUUUAAUACUUCAGCAGAACAGGAAAUUGUCCGAGAUAUCAAAGAGAAACACUGUUAUGUUGCUGAAGACUAUGAAAGAGAACUGGGCCACUUAGAAAAUUGUGGAGAACUGAACUACACAUUGCCUGAUGGACAAAUAAUUACAAUUGGCAAUGAGGUGUUCAGAGCUCCAGAGGUCUUGUUUAAACCAGAGGUGAUUGGAAGAGAUCACUAUGGAAUUCAUGAGAGUCUUCUCCGUGCCAUUAUUCUCUGUGAUGUAGACCUGAGACAAAACUUUGUUGGAAAUAUUGUUCUCUCAGGUGGAAACACAAUGUUGUCUGGAUUAAGAACAAGAGUACAAAAAGAAACCUCUUCCAUGUUGCCCCUGGAUCUGUCCAAGUAUGUACACAUUACGAGCCCAGCAAACCGGGACUUCACAGUGUGGAGUGGAGGUGCUGCCCUGGCAAGUUCGUCUGUCAUUGACUAUGCCUGGAUCAGCCGAGAAGACUAUUAUGAGUUUGGUCCAAAAAUUGUUCAUAGGAAAUGCUUUUAAAUUACACUUCUGGAUAAAGUAUUUUUAAAGCUUUCUUUUAUUAAUCAUAAAUGCAAUAAUGAUUUAAUCCCAAUGAAAUAAGAUCUGUACUUCUUUACAGCAGGUGACUUUACUCUUGUCUUGUAUCUAGGUGGUGUUAUGAACAGGAAAAAUAAAGUUUUCAUCUUGUCCUUGUUUGCUAGGGGAGAUACAAAUGUUGAUGUUCCAGUGCUUGAAGGUUAAGGUUGGAAGUUUAUUACUGGAAGCUUUGUUCCCACUAUGUAUUGUGGACGAGGAAAAGAAUGUUGCUGCAUCCUAACGGUACUGCACAUUUGAACACUGACCUCAGUGGGAAGGAGGAUGUGGUUAAAACGUUAAUCCCCUCCAAAUGUUAAUGUUGUACUUGUGGAUGAGGGUGAGAGGGCAGGGGAAGAUGCUGAAUUUGGAACUGUUGACAUUAUCUAUGUUAACGGAAGAGAUGGAAGCAGAAGAAAAUUAAAUAUUUUAACCAAAUUUGGACUGCCAUCUGAACGUUGCUGGAACACUACAAUGCAAGCUACUCAUCUGCCUUCUUGAAAGGGCAAAGGAGCAACUUGAUAUUAACUGAGCUAAAUAUCUUUAGUAAUUUGUAAGAAAUAUUUAGUGAUUAAGAAGAAAAUGUAUGUUUUGAACAAUCUAUCUCUACAUGGGAAUGAACUUGAGCUGUUCUGUGUAGUAAAUAAUUUUUAAAAACAUGAAUACACAGACAAUUGUCCAUUCAAAUUGGUCCCAGAUUUUGAAUAGUAUGACAAACAAUUUUAAAAUAUUUUCUGCAUUGAUUAUAUAUCCUUGCCUGGGAUACAAUCACUGGUUAAUUUAGGAGCAUUGAGAUAGUGCCAUGAAUUCAGUUCUGUGCAAAAGAAUGGCUCUCUUUUAGAGGCCAGUCGUAAGUGAAAACACUUUUUCUAAAAAAAAAUUAAAGUUUUUUAUUGAUUUUUAAGAUCAGGGAUGAUACCAUCACAGGGCCUUUUCUGGGACAUUGAUUUCAUAACAUGUUUUAUCUCGUAUAAAUUGCCUUGAAACUUUGUACUGUAAUUCUUUGUAACUUUACCUUAAUCUACUAGCUGCUUCUAAGAGAAACACCCCUUAGGCAAUUUUAGGAAUGUAUUUUAUGUGCCAUUGAAAGGAUGAAAUUAAUACUCCUUUGAAAACAAUUACAAACAGCAAUGUGACUGUUACAAUGACCAUAAUUUUGGGAAAUGCUUUUUAUUACAAUUCUUGUUGCAGCAUUUCAAUUUUGUUUGCUUUUAUGUCAGUAUUGCAUUUAAAUCCUGUUAAAUGUGAAUCAAAUUUGCCAAGAGAUCUACUUGAAAUGGAACUGUUGAAUCACCAGUGUUGGAAACAGGUUUACGUUUUGUUAAAUUCCAGUCUGUUAUCAACAUGGUAACUCUGAAGGAAAUGCAAUCACUGGGAACUAGUUCUUUGCCAAUCACGUCUAUAUGUUUAUAUUUUUAAAUGUAAUAGUUUGAUGUAUUGCUUUCAGCAAAGAUGGCACAUUUUUCUGACUGGCUUAAAUGAUUUUAGUCAUCUUUUUAGUGCAGAACCUGAGUACUGCCGAACAGAGCAACAUGUUAGGAAUAUAAGAAGUAAAACAUUUGGCCCCUCAAGGCUAACUUGCCAUUCUAAGAUCAUUCCCCGUGUCUCAACUCCAUUUAAAUAGCAGCUUCUCAGAGCUGUCAACUCUGAUAUUUCAAAAAUGUAUCUACUUCCUCUAUAAAUAAUUUGUGAUGCAGCCUCCACAACAUUGUAGUAUGGAGAGUGAUAAUGGGAACUGCAGAUGCUGGAGAAUCCAAGAUAUUGAAAUGUGAGGCUGGAUGAACACAGCAGGCCCAGCAGCAUCUCAGGAGCACAAAAGCUGACGUUUCGGGCCUAGACCCUUCAUCAGAGAGGGGGAUGGGGUGAGGGUUCUGGAAUAAAC